CCUGAUCUGAAUCCCCCUGGGAUUAGAGAGGCCACAAAUAGUGAACAAUUUAAAUCCAGAUUAGGUUUAACCAAAUGUUGCAGGAAGGAAGAGACGUUAGCCGACCAUAUGUAGCCGGUGUUCAAGGCAAGAGGCAGUCCCCUUUCUUCACAGGCUUCACGGAGUAUGUUCCAUCUCUUCUCUCACUGUUGGGGAUGGCUGCAGACGCUGCAGGAGCCAGUCAGAAAAAUGACCCUCCUCAUUGUGGGCCUGGAUAAUGCAGGAAAAACAUCCCUGGUGACAGAAAUACUGAGAGUGCUCCCCUGUGACUUGCUCCCCACAAUGAAGCCAAACCAGACAGAACUGAGGGUGAACAGGUUUGAAGUCUCCCUGGUGGAUCUGGCUGGUGGGCCACGGUUCCGGGGCACAUGGCGCAAUCACUACAGUGAUGCUCAUGGGGUUAUCUUUGUUCUGGACUCCAGCGAUGUGGCACGGAUGGAAGAGGUCAGGAGGACCUUGUCCCGCGUUCUGAGUCACCCAAAGAUUUCAGGGAAGCCCCUUUUAUUGCUGGCAAAUAAGCAAGACAAGGUAGAUGCUCUCCUCCCAUGUGAGCUGAUCGAGUGCCUGUCCCUGGAGAAGCUUGUGAAUGAAAAUAAGUCUCUGUGUCGCAUUGAGCCAUGUUCAACAACCAGGAAUCUCCAUAAAAGCCAGUACCGGGCCACCCUGCAGGGGCUGCACUGGAUUCUGCAGACCAUUGCAGUCAACUACAGCUUACUGUCCACCCGGGUACAAGCAGACUUCCCUGAGCAGCGGAGCCCCCACAAACAGGAGGCUCCAAGGAAGACAGAACGGGCCCACAGUCAAGCCCAGGAAGAGAGGUUUGCUCUACAAAGCAUUAAUAUUUUGAGCCAUUGCCCAGACUAUCAUCCAACAGGAGCAGCAUUUUCAUUCCAGAUCAGGGAGCCAUGUUCAACAACCAGGAAUCUCCAUAAAAGCCAGUACCGGGCCACCCUGCAGGGGCUGCACUGGAUUCUGCAGACCAUUGCAGUCAACUACAGCUUACUGUCCACCCGGGUACAAGCAGACUUCCCUGAGCAGCGGAGCCCCCACAAACAGGAGGCUCCAAGGAAGACAGAACGGGCCCACACACCCCUGCUGACAAGGUCAUGGACUUUUCUCCACCUCUUCUCGGCCCAAAAGGAGGAAGGCACAAAAGUAAUCAAGAAGAAGAAGGUAAAGGUGAAGAUAAAGAAGAAAGGAUUAGUGCAGUCCAGGAGCACGACUGAGGAAGAGGAAGGGAAACUGGAGGCAGGAGAAAACAGGGCAAGUGCUGGAAUUGGCCUUCUCCACAGCAACAGAGUUGGACAAGAGAAUCCAUCCUCCCAAGAGACAGCUCCUCCCUUUGCAGGGAAGAGCACAAAGAAGAAAAAGAAGAAAAUUAAAAAUAAAAUCAAGUCCCAACAGUCAUCAUUGGAGCCAUGGACUGAAGACAUCUCCAGUACAUUUGAUUUGUAUCGAAGGGCAAUGCUGGCUCUGAAAAUGCGGCAAGAGCAGAGGAAGCAGUUAGCUGCUGUCACCCCCUGAACAGAGUGCCCCUGCACUGACUGCCUGAGUGCCAUCCCUCUAGGCAUACUGAGGCAAGGGCAAAUUGCUGUGCACCCCACCAUCCUUGGUUUGAGGUUCCAAAUUUCUGUCUCCAAGUGCAAUGUAUCUCUCCCUUCAGAGCCAGGUGAAUCCCACAUGGUCAGUGUCCAGAAAGUCCCCAGCAUGAGCCUGCCCAGCCAGUAUCAGCUAAGGCAGGUUGACUGCCAAACCUCUUGAGUAGUCACCAAGGAUUCUGGAUUAUCCAGUUGGAGUCUCAGGUAGCAAGCCUUUGAGAUGUAAUGACUCGUCUUCUUCCAGGGGACCAUGGGAGCAUUUGGGAUUCAUGCCUAGAAGCUGAUGGUUCUUCUGUAAAGUCAACUCAGCAACCUGGCUGCAGACAAGUGGCUCUGAUUAAAAAGGAAAUGCAACAUUUUUGCA